AUGAAGCCGAGUCCUCCGGGCGGGCGUGCAGCAGCAGGGGCGGCGGGCGGCGGCAGUGGUGGCAGUAGCAACCGCGGCAUUUGCGUCAGGAUGGAGAGAGGGGAGGUGAAGGCUCGGGGCCGAGCCCCCAGGGAGACCCUGGACAGCGACAAAGAAGACAGCUGUGUCCUCAGCCCUUAUGCAGAUGUGGUGGACAGUCCAGUCCCAGAUAGAGCCCCCAGUCCAGAGGGCUCUCUGGACAAUACUCCCAGCCCUGAAGGCCCUUUCCCUGGCCCUGAUAGGACCCCCACCCCGGAGGGCCGCUUCCCUACUCCAGAGGGUGCCCCUUCCCCAGCCAGCCCCAGCACUAGCCCUGGCCCUGAGGGCCUCAAAGGCUUUACCUAUUCUCCCAAAGGUGUCCCUGACCCAGAUGGUGCCCCUACCUCUACUCAAUCUGGCCUCUUACCAGGCCCAGACAGCAGCUAUAGCACUGGGGACCUCCUCCCUGGGCUUGAAGGCCUUGUACCUGGGUUGGAAGGUACUCCAGGUCUAGCAACCCUAGUUCCUGGGGCAGCAGUGGUCUCUGGCAUCAGUGUUGGUGAUGGAAGUGCCCCCCGACCACCGAGCCCACCUCGGCCCUUCCACUGCCCGGACUGUGGGCGCUCCUUCCGUCGAAGCUCAGGGCUGAGUCAGCACCGUCGUACUCACAGCGGGGAGAAGCCAUAUCGAUGCCCUGAUUGUGGCAAGUCUUUCAGCCAUGGAGCCACGCUGGCCCAGCACCGUGGCACACACACUGGUGCUCGCCCCUACCAGUGUAGUGCCUGUGGCAAGGCUUUCGGCUGGCGCUCCACACUGCUGAAGCACCGAAGCAGCCACAGUGGUGAAAAGCCACACUUGUGCCCAAGAUGUGGGAAGGCUUUCAGCCAUGGCUCAUUGCUAGCCCAGCACCUACGCACCCAUGGUGGUGCCCGCCCACACAAGUGUCCAGUCUGUGGCAAGGGUUUUGGGCAGGGCUCUGGCCUGCUCAAACACCUUCGUACACAUACAGGUGAGAGGCCCUAUUCCUGUCCCCAGUGUGGCAAGGCUUUUGGGCAGAGUUCAGCCCUCUUACAGCACCAACGCACACAUACAGCUGAGCGUCCCUAUCGCUGCCCACAUUGCUCCAAGGCCUUUGGCCAGAGCUCCAACUUGCAGCACCACUUGCGCACGCAUACUGGUGAGCGGCCUUAUGCCUGCCCUCAUUGCUCCAAGGCCUUUGGCCAAAGUUCUGCCCUCCUGCAGCACCUUCAUGUGCACUCUGGUGAGCGUCCCUACCGCUGCCGAAUCUGUGGGAAGGGCUUUGGCCAGGCCUCCAGCCUCACUAAGCAUCGACGGGUGCAUGAAGGGGCCCAGAGUGGCAUCUAUGAUGGUGUCCAGGGAGGUAUUUAUGAGGGGAUGCAGAAUCAUGUUUAUGAGGGCAGACAGGGGGCUGUCUAUGAAAGCAUUCAGGAAAAUGUCUUUAAGAGCAUCCAGGAGGAUACUCAGGGAAACAUCUAUGGGAGUGUCCAAAAUGAAGUCUAUGAGGUGGUCCAUGAUGAUUCCUAUGAGGCAAUGCAGGAGAGUAUUCGUGAAAAUGUCCAGGAUAAUGUCUUUCAAGGUGUCAGAGCUGAUGUCUACAAGAGUGCCCAGAAUGAUGCCUUUGAUGGCAUCCAGGAGGAUAUGAACAAAGAUGCCCAGGACAAUGUCUAUGGGGGUGAUCAAAAUGAAGUUUAUGAACGAGUCCAGAAUAUCUACAAGGGCAUCCAACAGGGUAACAAAGAGGGAAUCCGUGAGACCUCUGAAGAGGCACCCUCCACCCUGCCUCCUACUGGUGAUGAGGAUAACGAAGAUGACUUUGGUGGUGGCGAAUAUGAUGACGAUGGGGGUGGUGACUAUGUUGACGAAUUCGAUGAUGAUGCCACCUUUGAGGGUGGUCGGGACUUUGAUGAUGAUGCCACCUUCGAAGGUGGUGGGGACUUUGAUGAUGAUGCUACCUUCGAAGGUGGUGGUCACUAUGGUGAGGAAUUUGAUGAUGAUGCCACCUAUGAAGGUGGUGACUUUGGUGAGGAAUUUGAUGAUGAUGCCACCUAUACAGGUGACAACUAUGAUGGUGGUGAUGGUGAUGACGUUGGCAAUAUCCAUGGCGAUGGUGAUGGAGAUGACUGAAGUUCCCUUGCCUUAGAGGCCCAGCUGGGGACAAGGGGAAGAGGCAGUUGUAGGGCCUAAUGGGUGAGGGGAGGAUUGGGGAAGGGGCGGGGUGGGUGGGUUCAGGGAGCCUGAGGGUUAUAGUUGGGGCAAGUUGGGGUCUGGAGUGGGAGGGGAAUCUGGCAAUGGGUUCUAGACAUGUAUUGUCCAAGGCUCAUGGUGUUAGUAAAAUCCUCCCACUGAUGUCUUGUGGGUCCUUGUGGCUGUGUCCAGA